UACAGAUUGCUAGCUCUUCUAGUUUUACGAAAUAGCUUUAACACAUGCACAGAAAUUAUAAUUCUGUAAACUUCGAGUACACCGACUUUUCGCUUCGGUGUGGGUAAUACCUAUCGAAUUCGACAGACAAUUCGUUUUUGCUCUCUUCGAGGGUACAGAGCCUUGACAUAAUCACUUGUUAUCAUAUAUAGGCCAUGACCUAAAUUCUACCUGUAUCACAACUGGCACAUUGCGAAAUACAAAUAUUGUCGCCGAACUGUAGGCUUACUUAACUUACAAAGGCCAUUAUAUGGAACAAACACUCCAGGGGUUAUAAUAGUGUAGCGUUUGCUUAAACUGAACUUAAAAGGUGCUCUCAAUCCGGUUUUGACGGCUUCAGUUACCUCAGUGCAUGAUAAGACCCACAACGGGGUAUUACGACAUUCAGCAGCGUUGAGACGUCCUCAGUCAGUGCCUUUCGGUUAAGGCAAAGCUUAGUCCAACAAGGCGUUGGAUUGUUGCUGCAAGUACAUGUGUACCUUAAUUUGGGUAUCAGCACUUGACCUUUACAGUAUCUCAUGUAUGUACUAUCAACUGGCAGUGACAACGUUCAUUUUGUGAUUAACGCCGGUAAGCGGGAGCAGUUUAUGACUUUCUUUCCCGGGAAGACGGACUCCCUGCUUAAACAGGUAGACUUUUGACCACCCCUACCCUCGGAGUGGUCUGUUGGUUCUAGCCUGGCACUACUAAUAUAUAUGACCUGUGAAAAGGUUGUACGGAGUCCAAAUCGCAUGUUCGACCAAGUCAAGCCGUCAGAACUGGACUGGAAAGAUCAACAUGAUGUCACCAGUGAGGACGCCAGUUGUGUCGCUACUCGUCCUUCUCAGUCUCUGGACGCUGAGUCACGUGGCACCCUGUUCCUGUGCAAGAUUCCUAGCAAUGCCAGGCAUAGGCAAGAGUGUCACUUUGGUCUUCCAUAACCUGGCCAAAGAACUGCACAAACGCGGACACCAAGUUUACGUCAUUGUCGGCUCAAAUUUCCCCAUCCCCGACUCCACCAAGGACGGCAGUGUCAAUUACCUGACAUUCAAAACGGACAAAGAGUACAUUCUGGGUUCGGAGGAAUUUCAGAGGAAUGACGUCAAAGAUAUGAUACAAAGUGACGGCGAUAUGGUGACCAAUUUCCGGUUGGUAAGAACUGCGUCCGAGUUUUUCACGUCCCAAUGUGCAGAAAUGUUGGAGGACCAGGAACUAUUCGCAAAACUUUCGUCGCUCAAGUUUGACGUGGCGGUGAUAGGGGCGUAUCCAUUUCUGGCCAACUGCCAGAUUCUGCCGUACAAACUGGACUUGCCUGUAAUCAGUAUUACGUCAUUCACCUCGUUACUAGGUCAGGCGGGGUUGCCUCUUCUCCCAUCUGUUAUCCCCUCUUUGUUCACAACCUUCACUGAACACAUGGACUUCAUGGAACGUGUUCAGAACUUUGUCAUCACACUGGUUUCUAACUUUAUAUUUACACCUUCAAUACCUGCGGAGUUGGUGCAUAGGCACGUGCCCCAUAAACCAUUUAAAACAUUUAACGAAUUUCUCAGAGAUAGUAUACUUUGGCUGGUGAUAAGCGUGAAUCCUGCCCUAGAACCGAUCCCUACCCUUCCAAAUGUGAUCCUACUUGGCGGAAUGGGUGUGAAGCAACCUGCGGCUUUGCCAGACCAUCUGGAAGCGUUUGUACAGAAAUUCAAAUCCCAGGGAGUACUGGUAGUUUCGUUUGGCUCUGUCGUAAAGUAUUUGCCUACAGAAAUCAGCAAAAGAUUCCUGGGUGUGUUCAGCAAGCUGAAAUAUGGAGUCGUAUGGCGUUACAGUGGAGAAGACUUGGGGGAAAUACCGCCCAAUAUCAAACUGAUGUCUUGGUUACCACAAAGCGAUCUUCUGGCGCAUGAGAGCGUGAAAGUAUUCCUGUCCCACUGUGGCAACGCCGGUUCGUACGAAGCGCUAUUUAACGGCGUCCCAGUAUUGGCAAUGCCAAUCGCCGGAGAUCAGCCCCACAACGCUGAGCGACUCGUUAAGAGAGGGUUGGCUAUAAAGAUGUCCGUUGCAACGUUCUCUCCUGGCGAGCUCCUGGAAAAUAUCAACAUUUUGGCCUCAAAUUCCACAUAUCAGAGCAACACCAAAAGAUAUGCCCGGAUAUUACGGGACUAUCCCAUGAGUCUCGUGGAUCAGGCGGUCUACUGGAUUGAACACGUGGUCAGGUUCGGGGGCUCACAUUUACAGUCACCGGGGGCACAGUUGCCAUGGUACAUUUUCUAUAGCCUCGACGUCAUAGGUUUUCUUUUAAGUGUGGUCGUCUUAGGUGUCUAUUGCAUCAAGAUUCUUUGUAGAGCAUGCAGGAGGAAGUGUGAUCAGAAUCCAGCAACAGGCGGCGACAAGAAGAAACAAUGAUAUCAUUUCAUUACUAUCUACAGAAUUGCCAUUUAAUAUGAAAUAUUUAUUUUUAUGACUGAUGCAUGGAAAUAAGAAUUAAA